CAGGAAAAGAGAUUGCUACUAUGGAGAUGCUUUAUUGCUUCAAAUGAAAAAGUUCAACAUCAUCUCUGUAAAAUUUACAAAAAAGGAAAGGAAAAGGUCACAGAUGAUUCUAAGUGUGGCGAUUCUAUUUGGCAUGCUGCUGGAAAUACUUUGAAGAAAAAGAAAAUUGUUGAUGAAACUGGGCUAGAAAUUGCUGGCUGUCGUCACAGUGUUGCCCAGCAUGCAGUUAGCAUGAAGCACGGAGAAGUGUAUGGCUAUGCACAUUAUAUGCAAAAGGAAUAUUACCUUCGUCGUACAACACAAUUCUUCUGGUAUGAUGUCAUCUGCAAGUAUUGGCCUUGGCUGUGUAAAAAUGAUGUAACCACAUCUCAAAAGAUGAAACCUGCUCUUUCCGUAAUGCAUGCCAAAGCACAUGCUUGGUAUUGCCAGGUUAUUUGGGGAGGGCGAUGGCAAGAUGGCGCUUCUGCAACAACAGGAGAGGAAGUAGAACAGAUUAACAGUCAUUUCUCGCGGUUAGGGUGCACUACCAAGCAUAUGUUACCUGAAGGACGAGAGGAAUUGCUGACUGAACAUGCACUGGAGUGGAAUAAAAGAAAAAUAACCAAACUGUCAAGUAUUCUUGCGAAAAGAUAUACAAAAGUUAUUAAUUUUUCUAUUUUUUACCUAAUAGUAAUAGUAACUAUACCAUAACAAGGGAAACCAUAACAAGGGAAAUUUCGUUUUAGACCAAUCAGUAAGUUUGUUUACAUUUUCAGUAACCCAAUCAGAAUAAUCAUCAUUUUACAUGAUGUAUUAAAAAUUUAGGCAUUCUGAUUGGCUUAGCCUAAAAAGUGUAAGCAAAUAUGCCGAAUAGUUUAAAACGAAA